CUCGCUUCGAUGAUAUUUUGACAAUUCAUAAGUCAUCUAUUUUCAAAAUCUAAACAAAAUGUUCGGCUCAUCAUCAAAAUUUCUUGCAAUAGUUUUAAUUUUACUCAUCCCCACUUUUGUACCAAAUAAAUCAAUAUCAUCCGCGGCAUUGCUAACAGUAAACCCAGACGUUUUUACAAUUAAAAAGGCGGUCGAAAAUCGUACGUCAUUCUGUUCUAAAGGCUGUUUCCUGCUACGAAGGGCCUCCGCUGAAGAGCUUACUCGAAAGUUCGUUCGGUCUGCAGCGCAUGGUUUAAAAAAAAUAGACGGUGGCGCUCAGCCGAUACUAGAAAGCUGCCUCAAGAUAUAUCUAUUAUGGGUUGCUAUUUCAUGCAUCAUACUUUGCGUUUAGAUUACCCGGAACUUUCAAAGAUGAAUUAACAAUAAAUACAUAUGCCGGUUUUCAAA